AUGGUGGACCCCAUACCUGAAGAGGAGAAGGCGGGAGCCGAGGCUGGAGGCUCCGGAGGAAACGGAGCCGCUGCGUCCGUGCCCCCUGGCGCCCAAGGGGCCGAGCAGCCCUCGGCCUCUUCGCCCUCGGCCUCGGCCUCGGCCUCGGCGGCGGGGCCCCGCAAGGCCGAAGUCCCAUGCGCAACAGAAGGCGGGCGGCGGGAGCAGUCCCCGCUGCUGCACCUCGACCUCUUCAACUUCGACUGUCCAGAGGCUGAGGGCAGCCGCUACGUGCUGACCAGCCCCCGCUCGCUCGAGGCCUGCGCCCGCUGCGCCGUCAAACCAGUGGAGCUGCUGCCACGGGCCCUGGCCGACCUGGUGCGCGAGGCCCCAGGCCGCUCCAUGCGAGUGGCCACCGGCCUGUACGAGGCUUACGAGGCGGAGCGGCGCGCCAAGCUGCAGCAGUGCCGGGCCGAGCGCGAGCGCAUCGUGCGCGAGGAGAAGCGGCGCCUCUUCACGCCCUUGGGCCACGCGGCCGCCGCGGCCUCGGCCUCGGCCCCGGCCCCCAACGCGGGCAGCAGCAGCAGCUGCAGCAGCGCCAGCCUCCCGGCCUCGCCCGCGCCGCGUGCGGCCCGCAAGGCAUCCUCCAGUCCGUCCCCGGCUCGGCCCCAACCUACGCCCGCGGGCUCGCGGGCUGGUAGAAAAAGCCACUCACUGGACUCACUGUCGCGCCGGCGUGAGGGCGCCCUCAGUUCUGAGUCCGGCGCGUCGUCAUCAUCCUACAGCGGGGAGAGUCUGCGGGAGCUGCGCUGGCCACCACGAGCGUCUGCCAGGAACAGCUGCCCCGCGGGAUCCUUGUCCUCUGCCCCCAACCCUCUGGGCCGCCCCUCUGCCCUGGCCCUGGUGCCACUCACGGCCCGCAGCUUCAGCCUCGGCGAUCUGAGCCACUCGCCGCAGACAGCUAAGCAUGUGGAACGCAUCGUGCGCCAAGUGCGCGCCGAGCGGGGCCUGCGCGGGGUCCCGGAGCGCGACCGAAAGAUCGCGGCGCUGAUGCUGGCGCGACACCAGGAGGAGCGCCUGUUGCUGGAGCAGCGCGCCGCGGCCCACGGCCAAUGGGAGCAGCAGCGCGUGUGCGCCGAACAGCGCCGGGAGCGCGAGGAGCGCGAGAAGCAGCGUGCCCUGGAGAAGGGCCGUCGGGCCUGGGCCGCGCAGGUGGAAGAGAGGCGCGGCCGCCGGGGCCGCGAGGAGCGCGAGGCGGCACGGCGACGACAGCAGCAAUGCGAGCUUAGCGAGGAGCGGCGCCGGGAGCUGGCCGAGCGCCAGACCCUGCUGCGGCGGGAGCGGGCUGAGCGCGCGGCCCGGGAGGACCGGUUGCGCAAGCUGCACCAGGAGCAGAACCUGAAGCAGCGGGAGGAAGGCCUGCAGGAAGGGCGCGAGCGGGCCGAGCAAGUCCGCAGGGAGCGCGCCCAGCGCGUGGCUUGUACCAAGCAGCGGCAGGAGGGCCAACUGCAGCGGGAGAAGCGGAAACUGAGCAGGGCCGAGCAGGCGCGCCACCAGGCGCUGCUUCAAGGCCGGGCCCGCCAGGAGCGCGAGGAGCGCGAGGGCCUCCGGAGCUCCCUGGAGGCCAGCUUGGGUCGCGCGCAGGAGAACUACGAGCACUUGGUGGAGCAGCGUACCCGGGAGUUGCGGGAGCGGGCCCGGAGGGAGGAGCUGCAGGGUCGGCGGGCCAAGGAGGCGGCGGAGCGCAAAGAUCGCGAGCAUCAGGCGCACCUGGAGGCGCUGGCCCGGGCAGGCGAACGGCGGCUGCAGCACGCGACGCAAGUGGCGGAGGAGGCGGUGCAGCAGAAGGCGCGGCGCGUGGGACAGAGCCGUUUGGAGAAGGAGCGAGCCCAGCGUGCCAAAAAGGAGAAGGUGGAGAGGGACGAAGACUGCCGCCGGCGGGAGCUGCUCCAAGCCAUCGGGCGCAAGCUGGAGCGCAGCGAGCAGCUGUCGCGGGAGCGGCGUAGCGCGCUGGAGAGCGCACGCUCCACAGCCCGGGCCUCCUUCCACGUGCGCGAGAAGGUGCGCGAGGAAACCAACACGCGCUCCUUCGACCGCAUGGUGCGGGAGGCCCAGCUGAACGCCAGCCUGGACCGCAAAUGA